AUGUCGGUCCGCGUCCUCGCUCCGGCGUCGCUGCACCGCGGCUCUGCCCUCGCAGCGCGUCUGAUCCUCGGCGUGUUCAUCGUGGGCGCACUGUGCGUGUCCGGCGCGCUGGCCCGCGCUUCGAGCCGCCAGCUCCACGCGACCGCAAGCGCUGUCAGCAGCAGCUACGCGCGCGGGCGUGCUGCGAGUUCGAACAGCAUCUCGAACGCGGUGGCCCGCGGCGGGUCGACCGCUCUGAGCGUGGCCACUUCCACCGCGAUCGGCUACCGGUGGUGCCCGGCGUACGCUGACGCGGUGUCUGACGCCAUCGCAGAAGAUGGCGCCAACGCCAGCUCCGUCUCCGACGCCCUCGCUGAGGCGAUUCGGGAGUGUCUGCCGGAGUGUCCGCGCUGCGACACGUGCUUCGUCUCCGCGCGCCCCUUCUGUUCGGGCUACUUCUUCGAUCGUGCGUCGGCGGGGACCAACUUCAACAUCUACCGCGCGCCGCGGUCGCUGCUGAACGGCGCCGGCGACUACAGCGGCUACUGCAGGUGCAAUCCGUUCUGA